GUCAUUGUCUCCAAAUCUCUAAAGUUUCAAUUUUUAUUGCUCUGUUUUUUUAUUUGUUCAUAUUACAAAAAAUGGCUUCGAUUUCUGCAACUUUGCCUUCGCCGUUGUCAUUCGCACAGAGAAAAUCCAAUCUCACAUCGAAUCAGAAACUCCCGUUUUGUCUAAGUCGAGGUACGAUUGAUCUUUCUCCAUCUCCUCUAACUCGAAACCAUAGUAGCAUUAGCAUAGCACUUAUGGUGAAAGCUAGUGGAGAAAGCUCAGAAUCAUCUACUGAUCUCGACGUCUUGAGUUCAAUUCAGAAUGGUUGGGAUAACUCUGAAGAUCGGUUAGGUCUUAUUGGUUUGACCUUUUCUGCUAUUGUAGCUCUCUGGGCAUCACUAAACCUCAUCACGGCAAUCGACAAAUUGCCUGUUAUCUCGACCGGGUUCGAACUAGUUGGUAUCUUGUUCUCUACGUGGUUCACAUAUCGAUAUCUCUUGUUCAAACCGGAUAGAGAGGAGCUCUCCAAAAUUGUCAAGAAAUCAGUAGCGGAUGUACUUGGCAAGUAAAAACGUGGUGUGAUCUUCAUCUUUGGAAGAUGAUUUGUUUGCAAGUUUGUAAACAUGACAGGGUUGUUGUUUCUAGUCCAAUAAUUUCAUGUGUUUGAAACAUGUAAAUACUGUUUUGUGGGUUUUGGUUGUGAGCAAAUCAAUCAUAUUCAUAUAUAUAUAAGAGAUCAAGAUCGGACACUAAAAA